GGCCCCGUCCGCGAGGGGUUAAGGAGAAUUCUGAGAACCUCAACUUGAGACGUUUGAAAGUCUCAAUUUGAACCAUUUAAAAAUCCCAAUUUCAGACAUUCAAGUCUCAAUUUGAGAUCGUAAGCCUGUUUUUCUGUGCACAAUCGUGAUUCAGUCCUUAUCAUGCAUUUCUGUACCUUCAAUUUUCCCCUACAUCCCCAGUCAGCAGAGCUCUCAACAUUCAAAACGAUCUUACUCGAUAAAAAUCACUCACAAAUUCAUCAUCCCCGGGAAAUAAAAACGGUGCGAGUUGAAAAUUUCUAGAUGGACGCGCCUGCUCCCGAGAUUCAAUUCAAAUUGCACUGCAUUGGUGUUGGUAUGAAGCACCAAAAAAAAACAACGAAAAAAGAUUAUUCCUCUCCAAGAGUGACGUUCUCUAACCCAACAAAACGAUGGAAGUGGCUUUUGAGGUUAGAGCUUCAGUGAGCAAGCACCAAAGCAACUUGUGUUCUUGAGGUGCCCUUUCAACUCUACUUGUGCUAUCUGAUGAACUGAGUGUUAAUUAACUACGGAGUGGAGUUGACAUUUUGAUAAUUCAUCAGAGCGAUGGCAGGGGAGGCGGAAAUCGAUCAGGAUGUGCUCCACAGGGUGUAUUGCAUGGCUAGGGAUGGCCUGUCAAUGACUCUUUAUGCUCAUUUGGCUGAUAAACCCCGGGAGUUCGUGAAUAGGCUGAUAAACCAGAAAUUCAUCGAUGAAGAUGGACAAAGGAGCACUCCCUUCAUUGUUGCAGCUCGCCAGGGCCACGAUAAAGUUAUAAAAAUGCUGUUGGAUAAGUUUGAACCUGAUAUUGAACAAGAGGGAACUGUCAAGUUUGAUGGAUAUUUCAUCGAGGGAGCUAGUGCUUUGUGGUGUGCCGCAGGAGCUGGACAUCUGAAUGUAGUCAAAACACUCGUCAAAGCCGGGGCGGAUAUCAAUCACGCAACGCAUACAAAUUCCACUCCUCUCAGAGCAGCGUGUUUCGAUGGCAGAUUUGAUAUAGUAAACUAUCUCGUCGAUCACGGAGCCGACUUACACAUAGCUAAUAAAUAUAACAAUACGUGUCUAAUGAUAGCUGCGUACAAGGGACAUCUGGAUAUCAUGACAUUUUUAUUGGAACACGAGGCGAACCCCAACGAGAAGGCGCUCUGUGGUGCGACAGCUCUUCACUUCGCAGCUGAAUGUGGCCAUUGCAACAUUGUAUCCGAGUUGUUGAAAUACGGAGCGACAAUCACGAAGAAUGUCAGUGGAAUGACACCACUGAUCGCAGCAGCUGAGCGAACUCGAGCCAAUGUAGUUGAAUGUCUGAUAUCCGAGAAUGUCGCCACAAAGGAGGAGGUGAUCGAGGCCUACGAACUCCUGGGUGCAUCAUUCGCGAAUGACAAGGACAACUACUGUUUGACAACAGCCUACAAGUACCUCCACAAAGCCAUGAAGAUGAGGUACAGUGAUCCAUCGAACAUAAACCGUAAAGAAGUGGCCGAGCCUGUCCAUGCGUACGAGAAUUGGAGAGAGAGCGAGACUUUGGAAAGAUUGGAGAGUUUAAAAAACGAUGCAAAUGCGAUUCAUAUGGAGUCGUUGGCUAUCAGGGAGAGAAUACUAGGAAACCAUAACCCAGAGGUGCCCCAUCCAAUCGUUUACAGAGGAGCUGUGCUCGCAGAUAAUGCCAGAUUCGACAGGUGUAUUGACUUGUGGCUGCAUGCCCUUUACCUUCGACAGAGGAAUAGCAUCACUGCAGUGAAGGAUCUCCUCAGAUUUGCACAGGUCUUCUCCCAGAUGGUUCACGUGGGCAUCGAUCUCCAUUUCAGUCAAGUGAUGAAUGUGCUCAAAGCCAGUGUCAUUGAGCUGGGAAGGAACAAAACGAGGAUGUUAGCAUCUGACGCCAAAGAGGACAAAGAACAGUCUCUCGAGGAGACAGAGUCCAAUGUCAUGACGACACUGUACAUUCUGACUAUUCUGGUGAAACUUAUGGCACUCAAUGAGAAGGCGUGCGAUGAAGAUACUGUGGAAAAGACGACAUUUCUUGUCCGCAAGUUGUGCGCACUCAAAAUGACUCUGAGGGAUGGACAGACUCUUCUGCAUCUUGCUGUCAAUGCUAAAACUCCAGUUGAUGAUUUUCAUACUAAUAAUGUCUGCAAAUUUCCCUGCUUGGCCACUGCACAGCUGUUGAUUCGGGGUGGAGCUGAUGUCAAUGCUAUGGAUAAUGAGAGGAACACUCCUCUUCACGUAAUUGCUACUUAUCAGAAACCAAUUAGUGAUUUUAUGACGCUUCACAGUAUCAUAUUGGAGUUGAUUGAUGCUGGGGCGCACAUGGAUAUCGUCAAUAGUCAGGGGGAGACCCCGUACGAUGCAGCAACAACUGGGGUUGCUGAGAUCAUACUCAGGACUCAAACGAAGUUGUCACUGCAGUGCAUGGCUGCCAAGGCUGUCAAGACUUACAAUCUUUCUUAUUCGGGUAAUGUUCCGAGAUCAUUGGAGAGUUUUAUCGAACUUCACGGGUCGGGUCUUCAUCAGGGAUAACAAUUAUCUCGUCAGCUCGAACAGGAAGAAGACAAAACCUCCGAUACCCUUUUUUUUAUGAGCCAAAACUAUGAUUGUUUGAUAUUUGUAAAGAGAACAUUUUUUUUACCGCAGAAAGAACCAGUGUCUUUAGUUGAAGAAAUAAGAUGUUGGAUAGAUGGUAAACCCAUGCUGUAAAUUUAUAAACGUGUAAUGAUAGCGUAAAUAAAUGUAUAGAAAUAUUCAA